AUGGAUAAUGGCGCUGGAGUCACGAAGAGGAUGGGAAGGCUGAGUUUGGAGCCCACUGGGGACUCCCCUGAGGUUGUGUUGUCUGUGAAGAGCCACGCAACGAGCAACGAGGUGAUAAGCUUGGAGGACACGCCUGACAACGGCUACUUGCAGUUCUCAAGAGCGAAGCCCAAGAGGAUAAUGGUUCUGGACUUUAGUUCAGGAGAGGAAGAUUUCGAGGAAGAGGAUGAUAACAGUGACGGGGAUGGCCACACGGCUAGCCCAAGGGCCACAAGAGAUGUUGGAACAGAGUUUGAAGAGGAGGUGAUCGUGAUCAGCAGUGGUGACAGCUCGCCCCGCUCCUCCCCAAGCUCUUGUCCCAGUCCAAUUGAGUGGGAUGGGGCAAAAGGAGAACAGCAUGAGCAGAGGCACCCCCCUGGGCAGCGCCUUGGAUCCUUGUUUGAUCAGUUAGCUGCAGGCCAGACACCGAUCGCCCCGCAGCCCUAUGUGGGGGACUUUGCAUACCCGUCGACCUCAUCCCGCGGCACAGGCGGCAGCGAUGGGUGCGUGGCCCAGAUCAUCAUGUCAGCAGGACCAGGCACGGGACGGAAGGGGGGCCUUGCGGAGCCAGAAACGCCUGCACUGCAUCCUGUUCCAUUCAACGUGCAUGACAAUCCCCUACCUCCAUCCAGGACAGGAAAGCGCUUGGUCGUGAGGGAGGUGACGAUCGGAGGCAGCGACUCUGAUGGCGAACCACACACUACGGUGCAGACAUUUUUGAGGGACAGGUCGCCUUGCCAGACGCCAGCCACCACCUUGCGGACCCCUUUCACCCCUCACACAAACACAACCAGGAAGGCCACUGCCACAACUGGCAAAAAGGGUGGCACAGCAUUCAAGCGUGAGAAGGAAGUUGCCACAGUGAGCCUCUUCAAGGAGUUGAAUGCAGCAGCUUUUGGCAAUCAGUUGCCUGCUGACCUGAAAAUAACAUGGAAUGGACGAAUGCUUACUACUGCAGGGAGGACGCAUUUCAAGCUGCGCCGUCUGCGUGUCCCAGGUGGUGACGACGAAGUCAAGCACAUUGCCACAAUCGAGCUAUCAUCGAAAGUGCUGGACUCCUAUGAACGCUUGCGGAAGACCCUUGCACAUGAGAUGUGUCAUGCUGCAGCUUGGGUUAUUGAUCAUGUUGCGCAGCCUCCACACGGCAGGACAUUCUACAAGUGGGGGGAGAGGGUGCAAAGGAAAUACCCAGACCUGGAGAUCACGCGAUGCCACACUUACAGCAUACACAAGGCCUUUCAGUGGCAAUGCACACAGUGUGGGGUGCAAUACAAAAGGCACUCCAAAUCGAUAAAGGAAGACAAGCAGGUGUGCGGUGUCUGCAAAGGCAGGCUACAGUAUCUAGGGAAGUUUAGCCCCCAUGGAAGCGUCAAGACACCCCGUGCCCCAAACGGUUUCAGUGCCUUUAUGAAGGACAACUACGCUGCCACGAAGGCGGCCACGCCUGCUGGCACCCAACAUGCAUCCAUAAUGAAGCUCCUGUCUGAAAAGUGGAAGGAAAAGAAGGGUGAAUGA